AUGGCUAUUACUAAUGAAAAUGCAACCACUCAAUUUGAUACUUCAAUGGAAGGCGGUGAUAUAGAUCGAGAUCGUAUUGUUAACGGUGAUGUGUUACCAGAUGAAUAUUUUUGUCCGAUUUGCCGUUUUCUUCUGUGGGAUCCACGUUCAUGUUCGUCGUGCCAGAAUUUAUUUUGUCGAAAAUGUAUUCAAAUCUGGUUGAAACAUUCGAACGCUAGUAGACAAUGUCCAUUUCGUUGUCCAGCGUACGAAGAACGGAAUUGUCCACCAUCAUUCUCUUCUCUAUUAUCAAAAACAAAAAUAAAAUGCCGAAAUACUUCAUUAGGCUGCACCGAAGUUUUAUCUUAUGAUUUAUUAGAACGACAUGAAAAUGUUGAAUGCAAAUUCUUGACCAGAACUUGUCGUGAAUGUAUGCAAUCGAUCCUUGUAUCUGAAUUCGAUGAACAUAUUAAAAUACCUGGCAAAUGUAGUCCAUGCCCGAUUCAAUGUAUAAUUUGUCAAUUGUUCAUAGAAAAACAUGAGUUUCAAGAUCAUUUUCGUCAAUGCUAUCAAAAUAGACUUGCUAAUGUUUUUCAACAAUUUAAUACACAACAGCAAGGACUGACUGAGCCACAAGCUACGUUUGCAUUAACUGCAGAACAAAGAAAUCUGAAUUUUUGCCGUACACUGUUCACUACGGUCAAUUUAGUAGAGCAACAAAGGCAAAAUUCAAGAUUUCCGACCACCUUACGCGGUAUUGACACGAUUCAACAAGCACGAAAUCGUGGAUGUGGCCAUUUGCAUCAUAUUUACUUGAUGAUGAUAUUCAUUCUAAUGAAUUGGAGAAGAGCGCCACAACUUAUUUGGGUUAUGACGCUGAGUAGUUUCAUAGCUGCUAGUGUCAUGAUUCUUGGAUUCUAUGUGAUCUGUCUGGGCUGGGCUUCAAAACAUAUCUAUUUAGGUAUUGGCUAUAUUAUGUUAUUUAGUUCUCUUAUCAGUUUCGUCAUUCCCUACUUUUUACACUGCGUUACGGAUAAAUGGAUAAUUUUCUCUAUGGGAUCUAUACUACUAUUGAUCAGUUGCGCAAUACGAGGACCAUUAGAAGCAUAUGAACUAGAUUUGCAUAAGAACAAUGCUAUUAUUAAUAUUGUUAGAUGUUGUUUUGGAAUAGUUGUUACAGAAGUUUUCCUAUUGCUCUUUCGAUUCUUCUUCUGGUGUUCGCCGAUGUAUUUGACAGCAGCUAUAUUGACUUUCGUAAAUGUUUUUUUUAUGAUUCAAAUACGACGCACUGCCGGUAUGGCAACAAAUAUUGUAUAA